AUGUCUUCUGCUCAGACUGCCAAUAACUCAGCGGCCUCUGGCUCUGCAAACGAGCCGAGCAACCAAGUGAAGUUGCUGAUCUCGUGCUGGCGCAACACGAGCAGCGGAAAGAUCAACUUCCAGGCCGUUGCUGAUGAACUUGGGGUUGUGAGUGCCUCGGCUGCUCACAAGCGUGUCGAGCGGCUUUUGAAAGUGUACGAGCUGAAGCUGUCGGACAUCACCCGCAACCUGGCUGGUGGUUCAGCUUCGGGUCAGUCUAAUGGCGUGUCGUCGGGUGCCAGCGCCGAUGGUAACGCCAUGGGCACUACGACUCCCGUGAACAGCUCUCCUGGUUCCAAGCGGACCAAAUCUGCUGCAAAGCGCACGGCUUUGCCCACCGAGCGUCCUGCCAAGAAGACCAAGACCCGGGCCGUUUCUCGCAUCAAGCCUGAAGACGAAGAAAACUCUGAGGACGUCGAGAAGGACUUCGAUCCUCCCUUCGCUGCGUCCAAGUCCGACGAGAAGUCCGACACUGAGAAGCCCGAGAAGAAGGGCAAAGGGAAGAAGACUGCCGACUCCUCCGGACCCGACGAAAUCUGAGCUAGUGCCAUUCAAGCAAGGCUCGAGAUGCCCCUUUGAGUGUUUAUUCAUCACCGCUUCUAAACCAGAACUGGAACAGGAUCAGAACAUGUCCUUGCAAAAGGG